CGGGACACGAUCAGGCUGGAGCGUUUAGUCAACGAGCACAGCAGCUACCUUGACUUCUUUCGAAGCUCAGGCAACCGUUACAGGCUGAUGAUCUUGAUUUCGUUGGGAAUCUUUUCUCAGUGGUCUGGAAAUGCCACCAUAUCCAGUCACACCAACAUCCUUCUCUCUGCUGGUUCGUCUAUGGUAUCGCUGAUCGUAUUGAUCGCUUUCGCCCUCAUGGUUGACAAGGUCGGUCGCCGUCCAACUUUCCUCACUUCAACCGGGGGCAUGUUUGGCACCUUCAUUUUCUGGACUUUGACCUGUGCGCUAUAUGAAGAGUACGGAUCUUUGGGUGCGAAUCAUGCCAUGAUCUUCUUCAUCUGGGUCUUCAACGUUGCAUAUGCAAUUGCGUGGUCCGGUUUGCUGAUUGGAUAUGCCGUGGAAAUUCUCCCUUACCAGUUGCGAGCCAAGGGUCUCAUGAUUCUUAACAUUGCCAUCCAGUCAGCGCUCACUCUCAACAAUUACGCCAACCCUGCGGCCCUCAACUUCUUUGAGGGAGAGACCUGGAAGCUGUACCUCAUCUACACAUGCUGGAUCUUCUUGGAACUUUGCUGCGUGUUCUUCAAAUACGUUGAGACAAAGGGACCAACAUUGGAAGAGCUUGCCAAGGUUAUUGAUGGUCCAGAUU